CGCUCAGUUCCACAGGAGCCACAAAGCAGACUGGGAAACAUGGGUCUGAAGCGGCUUGAGUCUCGACUUUGUCUCCUGCUGCUGCUGGGACUUGUCCUAAUGCUUGCCUCAUGCCAGGGACAAACCCCUUCCCAGUGGUUUGACAUCCAACAUAUCUAUAAUAGAGCCUAUCACCGAUGUGAUGAUGCAAUGCGGGCCGUUAACAGUUACACGGGAGUGUGUAAAAACCUAAAUACUUUUCUUCAUACAACUUUUGCUGAUGUUGUCGGUGUGUGCCGUAAUCCACGUAAGAUCUGCAAAGACGGGAUAAGUAGAAAUUGUCAUGAUAGUUCAAAUCGGGUACAAGUAACUAUCUGUAUACUCACAACUCCGGCCAGUCAUUAUUCCAACUGCAGAUACCAAACAAGAAGAUCAGUGAAGUACUACACAGUUGCCUGUAGCCCCAGAACUCCACAGGACAGUCCCAGGUAUCCAGUCAUUCCAGUUCACUUGGAUGGGAUAUUUUAGCUCCAGUGCCAGCACUUUGCACCUUCACUCAUCUGCUACUUGCAAGAUCAUAGUAAUGAAGAACCAAGUCCCCUGUCUGCACUGCAUAUCAGCACCUGUCCUCAAGAAACCUAUCCCUGGCUUCCUUUAAUUUAGCUGAACAAAAAGUUUCUAAUCAAUAAACACUUUUGCACACAAA